AUGAUAUCUCAAUUCGGUUUCCUUCGCGUUUGCGCUCUUGGUCAAUGCAUGGAGGGGAAAAAGUUGAACGGAACGCUUCAAGUUCAAAUCUCUUCAGAGAAGCCUUUUGAGAUAAUCAUCGAAGCCUCGUCCAAAAAAAACGCUAUCAUCGUCAUCUCAUCUAUUGAGGUUGAAGGUGACAUUUGCCCACUUCGAACUGUCGAACAAAUUUUGUGUGAUCGAAUAAAAUGCGAUUUUAAGGAGCACACAUGCAAUUACGAGUCGACAAUGGAGACUGGUGACCGGGAAUUGCUCAUCGGGACGAAUGGCGGUGUCUGCACAAUCGCUGGCCAUGACGCAAAACGAUGCGUCCUUCGCUCAUCAUAUUUUGAUUUACCUGCCCCAGCCACACUCAUCAUCGAUGUCACGCAAUUCACUUUCGGCUCCCGGGUGCUCCUUUGUGCUGAUGCGGAUACCGACUCGGACAACUGCCACGAAUUGUUGGGACCAAGAGUCUUAACCGCAUCACCGCGAAAAGUCGAGUUUCCACUAGACGAGUCGGUUCAUCAGUUUUCUCUUGUGUUUUUCCAUGAUAAGGCUGAUCAAUUUGGAGCCGCUCGCUUUGAAAUCUCUUCGAUCGACAUUCGAGCCGGUGAUGGAUACAAAUUUUGUUUU